UCAUGGCCGAUGAGAUGAUCAGGACUCAACUCAUUGUCGCCGAGAAGUUGGUGGCUUUGCUGGAGAGCGGUACGGAAAAAUUGCUGCUGAUUGAUAGCCGCCCCUUUGUGGAAUACAAUACGUCCCACAUCUUGGAUGCCAUCAACAUCAACUGCUCCAAGCUCAUGAAGCGGAGGCUGCAGCAGGACAAAGUUUUGAUUACAGAGCUCAUUCAGCAUUCAGCAAAACACAAGAUUGAAAUUGAUUGCAAGCAGGAAGUGGUGGUGUAUGACCAAAGCUCUAAAGAUGUGACUUCCCUCUCAUCCGACUGCUUUCUUACUGUGCUCCUGGGCAAACUGGAGAAGAAUUUCAGCUCUGUGUAUCUGCUUUCAGGUAAGAUGUACCAAAAGAACCCCCUGAAACCCUUGAACAAGGAGGAGAAAGAAAAUGCUGUCAGGAUAGCAGAUGUUUACAGUUUCCCUGGUCUCUGUGAAGGAAAAUCCACACUCAUCCCUACUUGUAUUUCUCAACCCUGCCUGCCUGUCUCCAACAUUGGCCCAACUAGGAUCCUGCCUCAUCUCUAUCUUGGGUGUCAGCGAGAUGUUCUCAACAAGGAGCUGAUGCAGCAGAACGAUAUUGGCUAUGUACUGAAUGCCAGCAAUACUUGUCCCAAACCUGAUUUUAUUCCAGAAUCCCAUUUCCUCAGAGUGCCUGUGAAUGACAGCUUUUGUGAGAAAAUUUUGCCUUGGUUGGAUAAAUCAGUGGAUUUUAUAGAGAAAGCAAAAGCAUCCAAUGGCCACGUGUUAGUGCACUGUCUCGCUGGAAUCUCUCGCUCUGCCACGAUUGCUAUUGCAUACAUCAUGAAGAGAAUGGAUAUGUCUUUAGAUGAAGCUUACAGGUUUGUGAAAGAAAAGAGGCCAACCAUUUCUCCCAACUUCAACUUCCUGGGCCAGCUUUUGGACUUUGAGAAAAAGCUCAAGAACCAGAGUGGACAGCCUGGUCAUAUCAGUAAGCUGAAACUCCUGCAUUUGGAAAAAAGCAGCGAGCACAUGCAGGUCGCGGAAGGUGGGCAGAGCAGCCUGUCCACAAACCAGCUCUGCAUUACUGCCACCUCCGAGCUGGUGGAGCAGAAGCUGAUGGACUGUGGCAGUGCGUCGUGUGGGCACCUGGCCCCUCUGGAGGAUGGCCCACUGGUACAGGGCAUCAACGGACUGCACGUCUCCCUGGAUAAGGUGGAAGACAGCAACCGGCUGAAGCGCUCCUUUUCUUUGGAUAUCAAAUCUGUGUCCUACUCAGCGAGCAGCAGCUGUGUGACUGCAUCAGUCCAGGGCUUUGCCUCCUCCGAAGACACCCUGGAAUAUUACAAACACACGACGGCUUUAGAGGGCAGCAGCAAGUUGUGUCAGUUCUCCCCUGUGCAGGAGGUCUCGGAGCAGACCCCAGAAAGCAGCCCUGACAAAGAGGAAGCAAACCUUCCCAAGAACCCCCAGAGCCCCUGGCAGCUGGACAGCCAGGGCAAACGGCAACACGUGGGGAGAGCCGGCGGCGCCGCGCAGCGCGCGCUCCUCUACCCCCUCCACCGCAGCGGCAGCGUGGAAGACAACUACCGCACGAACUUCUUGUUUGGCCUCUCCACCAGCCAGCAGCAUUUGGCAAAGUCCACUGCUGGGCUGGGCCUCAAAGGUUGGCACUCGGACAUCUUGGCUCCGCAGACAUCAGCCACAUCCCUGACCAACAGCUGGUACUUUGCAACCGAGUCCUCACAUUUCUACUCUGCCUCGGCCAUCUAUGGGAACAGCGCCGCGUACUCUGCCUACAGCUGCAGCCAGCUGCCCACGGGCUGCGACCAGGCCUGUGCCGUGCGCAGGAGGGCCAAGCAGGGCGACCGCGGGGACUCCCGGAGGAGCUGGCACGAGGAGAGCUCCUUCGAAAAGCAGUUUAAGCGCAGAAGCUGCCAGAUGGAAUUUGGGGAGAGCAUCAUGUCAGACAACAGAUCCAGAGAAGAACUGGGCAAAGUAGGCAGUCAGUCGAGUUUUUCAGGCAGCAUGGAAAUCAUUGAAGUGUCCUGAGGGGCAGUUGGCUUGUGUGACUGUAUCAAGAGCUGGCUUCCCUCUCCAGUUCGCUCCCCCAGAGUUUGAGAGGUCCCUGUGAAUCUGAAAAGAACAAAC